CCAAACGACCGUGCAAAUAACGGACAUUUUAAAAAAAUUAUCCGGUGAACCAAAAAUUCAAAACGAGAUUGCACAGCUCGCAUCGCAAUGGGGCAAUGUAGAGAAACAACUCAACAAUCUUUUACGAAACGAAGGUUACACAGUUGUUAUGAGGAAAUCUAAAUUGCUGUCGAAGGUAAGACCGGAUGAUAUUGCUUUGGAAAAAUUUAAAAGGGCAGUAAAACAACUUCGGAAAGGGUUAAGUGAAUGGGCUGACACUGUACGAAAAGCACAAGCUAAAAACAACAGUGUUAUUACAACUUGCAGAGUAGAGAAAAAAGAGCAUGAAAAUGAAAUAAAUCUGAUGUGCUUUGAUAUUUCAAAACAAAGAGAAACAAUAAAUUAUUUCGAGUCAGAGAUAAAAAUGUUCACAAUUGAAGCCAGCUCUUACGAUAAUGAAGCUAGCCGAUUGGAGACAUACGCUGCAAAAUCACACAAGCAGUUUAAAACGCAUGUAAAGGUGGCAACAUUUGGAUCUGGAUUGGGGCUUCUUUCAGGAUUUGCAUUAGCACCCUUUACAGGCGGAUUAAGCAUUGUUGGUGCAGCAGUUGGUGCAGGGGUUAAUACAGCUGUCAAUGGGACGGCAGCGUAUGCCAAUAAGAGCAAUGCAAACACCUGCAAACGGGAAGCGGAAACGACUAGGCAAAAAGCAUGUCAUCUACGACAAAAAGUAAGCGACAUUAACAGUGACAUAUUGUUAAAGGAAAGAGAGGUUUCAGAGAUGGAAAGUCGUCAAGACCAACUGGAACGCACAAUUACAUCUAUUCGUGACGUUGAGGGUUUGAUCAACAAUCUUAUUGAAGUAGUCGAGGAGCGAUUGAUAAAUGUUCAGGAUGUCGAAACGAUGUUAUAUGAGACUGAACUCACUGGAGACUCUCUUAGCAUAAUUCUCCGUGCAUGGGAAAGAGAUCGAAAGAAAGGAGUUUUUAGGAAAAUUUUUGGGCGGCGACCUAGACACUUAGAUGCCGAGGCUGAACGUUUGAAAAAUAAGAUCCAGACUACAUGGUAUGAAAUUGAAAGAAGUGUUUUACCAUCGAGUGGUCCAUCAGAACAAUAUCUCCAACUAAUGUGAAAGGAGAGACACAUCUCGUCUUACAUUUAAUAAUUUUGGUCGAUUCAGACAGAAAAGACGUUUUUAUCAUUUUUUUUAUUUUUCUUAUAGUAUGGAAAUAGUGUUAGGUUUUGGAACCUGUUUUAGUCCCUUACCGGUUUAACCGCAGGGGACUUUAGGUUUACCCUCCGUCGUCCGUCCGUCUGUCUGUCCGAGCUUACACUUGGAUACUUAUGUGACUAGAGGUACGAUAUGUAAAUGUACUUUCUCUUUGAAGUAAUUCAUUCCGUAAGGCUUUUAUGUGCCUAUUUUUCUUUAUGUAGUUAAAAAGAACAAUUGAGAGAAUAAUGGUUUUUAGUUUAUAUUGUUUCUGAUCACAAUCAUAUCACUAUAUUAUGGCAAGGUUCAAAAAUUACCAAAAUAACCCCCUUGAAUUUUAAAUUUUCAUGAAAGAAUGUUUAUAUAUAAUCUUCUUUAUUUCUUAAUGUAUCUACUUCAAAUAUAAGUUUCUUAUUAUCAUUCAAAUCAUGUGUGAGAAGAUUCAAUAUUCUAGUUUGACUAUUUUUCAGAAUUAUGUUCCCCUGAUUUUUUUUCCAUUUCUUAAGGCUUUUCUUCGCACUUAAAACUCUUAAA